AUGUUUUCAACUAAUGACCAUUUGAUUACUAUUAAAGAAAUGAUUAAGACUUGUGCAGUUGAUGUGCGUGAUGAAUGGCCAACAAAUCCAGCUAAUUAUGCAAAAAGUGAGACAAUUCAACGAGGGACCUUUGGAGUUAUUCGUUUUGCUGAAGCAAGUGAUUAUUCAUUUGGUUUGGAUGGAUUUGAAACUCGUACCUGUGUAAUUAAAACAAUUUAUUUACAACGAAUAUUUGAAGACAUUCUGAAAGAUGAUGAAUUGGAAAAUUCUCAAGGACAAUUAGACAUUCAAAGACAUGCUGGGAAUUUUAGUAAGAAUGUUUCGCCAAAACUUUUUCAUUUCUAUCAACGGUUAAUGAUGGAAAUGUUUGUUCUCAGCAGGUGCCGACAUGCCAAUAUUAUGCAUUUACACUCUGCAUUUAUAUCUGACGGUGAUUUGCAUAUUGUCCUUCCACGUCUUUAUGUGCUCAAAGAUAUUCCUAUUCCAAUUUCAAUAAUUGCCAAAAUUUUGCGUCAAAUUUGUUUGGGACUGGAUUUUUUGCAAAAAAUCGGAAUUAUUCAUAGAGAUGUUCAACCCGAAAAUAUUUUCUUGACUCGGGGAGCUACUGUAAAACUUGGCCAUUUUUCUCAAUCUAAGGCAUUAUUUGAAGAAGUAAAUGACGAAGACAAUGAAUUACUUAGAGAAUUGGGACAAUGCAAAACGCCCGUUGGACGUGAGGAAUUUAUGUGUAUUGAAAAGCAAUUAAAUCUCGAACUAUGGUGUGAACAUCAACGUUCAGAGGCAGAAUAUAGCUAUUCUGCCGAUAUGUGGUCUCUAGGUGUUUUAAUUUUGCAUAUGGUCUCUUACUUCCCAGAUGAGCAAUGCCAAAAGUUACAUAAGAAUUUUGCUUUAAUAAUGCAUGAAGAACAACUUCCAUUCAUUUGGCUUACUGUUGAUAUGCUUCAAUUACGUUCUCGUUUAGUUAAAAGUGGAGGAGAAGAAUUAAAACUUUUUCUGAAUGAUCAUCUUUUGACUGUUAAUCCAAAACAGAGAUCUUCAGCUUCUUCUCUUUUAAAAACUCAGGAAAUGAAAAAAUGGUGUUUAGCAAAUGUGGAGGCUGAUUCUGCUUUUCUACGUGCACAUUUUAUUAAUGAAGUUGAUUUUGCUAAUCAAAUGAAACUUGAGGCUGAUUCGCCAAAUUAUGAUGCUUUGGAAACUAAGGAUAUUCCUGCAGAAUUUUAUUGGGAUGAUCGUUGGAGACUUUUAGAGGAAACUGAAUUAUAUUUUUUGUUAGUUAUUCAUUUACCUAAUAGAGGACCUGUCUCGAAAGGACAAUUAUUCAAAUUUUCACAUCCAGAGCCUUUCUUUCGACUAAUUUAUUUGCAAUUAUUGUUAACUAAUUUGGAUUUUACUAAUUUGUUGAAAAUCGAUUACGAAGUUAGGCAAACUCUUUUUGAAUUUAUUCGACAAUAUUCGACAAAUCUUGGACAAAAUACAGCUAUAACAAGAAGACAAAUAGAAUUGCCUUCAAAGGAAGAGAGGAAUAAUUGUUUAAUAGAAAUAGAGAUAAGGACUGUUCCACAAACUGCGCGACGUUUAAGACUUUCUUCAAUUUCGCCUUGA